AUGGAGAACAAGACUGAAGGAGAAGAUCUUGGUGCCUGGGGCUCAUGGUUUUCUCGUGGUUAUGAAGACAAGCCAGCACCAAUGCCAGCUUUCAUCCUGCAGAAAGCAAAGUUCCUUCAAGAAAACGAGAAUGACGACUGGCAAAUCUAUCCAACCAGGGAUGGUGAUACUUUGUGGAACAGCACAGCCCACUUCGAAACUGCAACCAAGCCACGCUAUGUACAAGGGAUAUUCCAAGCCCUUUCGAUUUUGGCCAUCCACAAGGAGGAAGAAAACGAAAAACAGAUUUUGGCACAGAAGAAGAAGCGAACUGCUUCGACAAGUCCUCCCAAAUCUGAAAAGCGUGUUCCCGUGGUCCCUGAUGGCGAUGUCAAUAUCAAAGAUCGAGUAUUCCUCCAUACAGAUGGUGAUGGCAAAUGGUAUGUGGUGCGACCAUUUGAUUUGCGUCAAGCUCUGCUUCCGUACGAUGAUCCUAUUCUUAGCAUUCGUCACUAUGUGGGCAAGUCUGAGGAAAAGGAUGUCUAUGUCAUUACUGUGCGCAUGGAGUAUCUUCGGCGUGGCAGACCUUUGAAAGCAACAAAAUGGUCAGUGGAGGAUGUGAGCCGCUACAUGCAGUACUUCCUGCACAACAAGGAGAAAGGAGAGGAUUGCGGGGUCUUCGCCAAAUACUUUACCCCGGGGCCGCGUGGUGAGAAAUCACCAUUUCCAGAAGAGAUGCUGGAGUGGGAACGAUUGCAGAACAAGGGAGAGAGCCGUGGCAGUAAAAGGCUGGAAAAGAGCUUAUCGAAGACACUCUUGGAGUAUGAUUCUUUCCCUACCACUGGCUAUGAGGGUGAGCUGCAGGGAAAGCGCUUUGUUAUCACCCAUCCAGACCUUAAGUUGAUUGCUGCUUCAGAUGAUGAAUUCGAAGUCUUCGUCACUGCUGAUGGUGACACAGUGUGGAACGGAAAGGAGCAAGACCCAGAGUAUGUCUACAAGAUCCUUGAGCAGAUGCGAGAAGAAGCAGCAGACAAGGAUGUAGGAGAUGAGAAUGCAUCAGAGGAUGAUUUGCAGCCACUUCAGGAUAAUGACAUGUUUGCCCCUGAAGAGUCCGAAGACAACACAGGAGGCAACAAAAAGGAAGAUGAGAAAGAAGAUCCACAGAAGGCAGUUUUGUGCAAGAUCAAGCCAGAGGAGAAGGUCUUCUUGCACAAAGAGGAUGAUGAGUGGUUUUUGGUCCGUCCAUCUGACAACGUCAUGGUGGAGCUGAAGUAUUCAGAUCCCAUCCUCCAUCCCAUCAAAGUUGGUGACAAGUGGGUUCUGAUUUGCGACAGCAAGUCUAAGGAAUCUGGCAGCAAGUCGAAGUUUACAGAGUCACUUCUUGGAUCACGUCGAGCAAAGCAAGUGUCAGGUGAUGUCCUUGUGCAGGAAUGUGAAAAGUCCGGUGCUUACACACUGUGGAUCACAACAAAAAUCAACUUGCAUUUACUUAAUAGGUGUUAUUAG